AUGGCCGAGGGAGCGGCUACUCGCGGUCUCCUCCGUGCCCGGAUCGCCGGAGACGAGCCGGUGCCGCGGCAGCGAGGGCUCAUCCCGGCUGCUCUCGGGUGCCAUCAGCGCCGGUGUAAAGCUGUUCCCGAGGCCGAGCUCCCAAAGGCUUUGCCAGCACUCCUGAUGCCUCCAAAGCAAGAUGCUCUUUGUUCCUCUCAGAGAGACUCCGGCUGUGAGCUGGAGGAGAGUGAAUCCUGUUCCAUUCAUGGAGUUGAGAAUGAACCCCUGGAGAACAGAUCAGCAACCAGCAAUGAACACAGAAGGAACCUCAGAAGAUUGCUGGGUCAAUGGUUCCGGUCCCAUCCUGUCGUUAUGGCGCUGCUGAAUCUGCUGCUCCCGGUGCUGGCUUUCGGUGUGACUAUGGCUGUUCAGUCAGCAACAUCACAGGUUCUGGUUACACCUGCGACUCCACAGUGUGUCCUGGGCUGUCCCCAUGGCUGGGUUUGGUACAAGGGGGUCUGCUACUCCUUCUCAAGAGAUUACAGUACCUGGGAGCAGUGUCAGGAACGGUGCUCCCAGCUCAAUGCCUCCCUGGCCAUUGCCGAGGAUGAGGAGGCCAUGGUACCUGGCCUGGCCCAGCCCAAGAAUCCCUGCCAUCAUUCCCUGCACCAUUACCCAGUACCACGGCGGCUCUGGCUCCGCAGGCUGGCGGCUCCAGGAGUUCAGAGUGGGCAAAAUGGGAGCGAGGGAGAGGAGGCAGCCGGUGCCGAUCUGUGCCAGGAAUGGAAGAGCUGUCAAAUCCACGCGGGAAAAGAGGGGAGAAACAGCAGGUGGUGGAAAUGGACGACAAUUGGGAUUCAUUUGAUCUGCCUGAAGUGCAAAACCUAGAGUCUUCAAAGCAGCAUCAGAGUUGUGAUGUGCCUUGCCCUGCCGCUGCCCUGGCUGCAGCUGCCGCCUGUUGGGACGGGCCCUGUUCUCUUAAAGAGCUGCACCGAGGGACCAUUGGGGCAGUGCUGGUUAAGAAGUGAGGAAUGGGAAAGGGUGGGAAUUGUGAAGGGAAUAAAAUAGAA